GCAGAAGAUUUUCAAUCGUUAGUAUCGUGUGAUCUGAGGUUCUGGACGAACAGUGAUUUCAGUGAUUUUCUUAUCGAGUACUGCAUAAUGGGAAUUCACUUGCUUUAUCCUUUACACUCACAGUUUUUAAGUUUUAUAAUCGUUACUUUUCUUUUUUACGAGACGAUUGCCAUAAAAGGUGAAACAGUUAAUUUAUACGAUGAUGUCGAAAGGAUCAACUAUAAUAUUACCGGACGUAUAGUGAAUGGAACUAAAGCAGUUAUUACUCAAUUUCCGCAUCAGGUAUCAUUGAGACGCACUUGGUCCGGAAGUCAUUUCUGCGGUGGAAGUGUGAUCAGCGAAAAAUUCGUUUUAACAGCGGCACAUUGCAUGUAUCUUAACAAAGUCCCCAUUAAACCUUGGACCAUUCUCGUUGUUGGCGGAGAACUGCAACUCGAUCGCACAACGAAGACUGGUCAGAGAAGAGGCGUUCGAGAGAUUUUACUUCAUCAAAAAUUUGAUCAUAAAACUUACGAAAAUGAUAUUGCUCUACUUGAGUUAAAAAUACCAUUUGAAUUUACGCCACAAUUGAAGCCAAUUCCUUUACCUACAGAUCAAGUUCCACCUGGUACGAUCUGUCAAGUAUCAGGAUGGGGCUAUCCUGAAGAGAACAUUCCAUCUGUGAGUAACGAUUUGAUGUACGUGGAUCUGCCGAUUUUGAGUAUGGAAGAUUGUCGUAAUCUCCUUGUAGAAGUAACAAAUUUACCACCAGGGAUGUAUUGCGCUGGAUAUAUGGAAGGCUUGAGGGAUGCUUGCCAGGGUGAUUCUGGUGGUGGAAUGGUUUGCAACGGUGUUAUAAUGGGUAUCGUUUCCGCCGGAGAGGGCUGUGCGAGACCAAAACUUCCUGGAAUUUACACGGACGUUUUAUAUUACAAACACUGGAUAACGUAUCCCUUAGCUUAUAAGAUAUUCGAUCACUAUGAUUCCGAUAAAGACCGUAAUGCUGCCGACAACGCACACUCAACAACAUCUUUUACGAUAUUCUCACUCUGUUCGUUAUACCUUUUGAAAUUGUUAUUGCUCCAGUAAUAAAUCGUUUUAAAUUUUAUAAUUUA